AUGUCAGUUCCUGCCACAAGAUAUGGUUCGGAUCCAUCGGUCAUUAGAUUUAACUUGAAUCUUGAUGGAAUGUACCGAUGUCAAAGCAACCUCGUUUUACCUUUCUUAUUAGUUUCGGACUUGUCCGUAGAACUGAAGCGAAGCUACGAGUUGAGACUUCCCACUAGUUCUGAUGUCAGAUUACCCGAGGUAAAGCGAGGAUACUCGAGCUCAACCAAAUGCAAAAUCAAAUAUUCCACAAAGCUGCAUUUAUAUCUUUUGCACCAAGAAUCAAGCAUCAAGCAUCAAGCUUAUAACUACAAAGCAGAUGAAGCACCUCCGCAGCUCUCUCAAACAGUCCAAAAUCAAUCAUCCCCUCAAUAUCGUUUCAAGAAUUCCACACACACGGUACCAGGACGAGCAAAACCCCGUGCACAUGCACCCCAACCACAUGAAUAUCAAAAGCCACGAUGCGGAAGCCAAGCAUGCAUCCCCCUGUCAAUUCUUCAGCCUUCUGCUUCGUCAUCCCGAAUCCUCGGCUGA